AUGGUCCACGCCCGACCAUCUCCGAUUUUUUUAAAAUUUGAACAAUGUGAGGAAUGCCCAGGAAAACUGAGUGUCGAAAAUAACAUAAGAGCGAUUUUCGAAGAAGCUGUAAUUUCCCAUGAUGAUAAUCGCAGUUCAUUGAUUUCCGUACAGGAUACAGUUGACAGUUUCAUUGAAAGAUUUUCGCAAAAACUUGACGAGUUGUCAUCGCAUCAUUACAUAAGCAAAGAACAAUUGAAAUAUCUUAGCGAUUCUAAAGAAAAUUUAAAAAAUUCGGAGUGUAUUGCUUUAAUGGAUUUUGCUGAAAAUUAUUCGGUGAUAAUACAGGAUGCAAUCCAGAGUCAACAUUGGAGCAACACGCAAAAUGGCACAUUUUUGCAACUUUUCAUGGUAAAAGUCCUUGCGAUGGAAUUGGAGGGACAACAAAAAGAUCAGAUAUUGAACGCCAGAGAUUUUUACACAUACGCUGAUGCGAAAAUAAAUGGUAUUAAAUUUUUUUGGGUAGACAAAAAAGAAAUUAAAGAUCUGCUAGGAAUGCUUGAAAAAGAUUUAGGUCAGCAGAUAAAAUAA